AACGUAAGCUUUUGAUAUAUAUAUACAAAUACUGUGACUGCUGUGCUAACACUUUGCCAUCAACAAUGGCGACUUAUUUGAGAUAUGAGAGCGAAAAUUACUUUAAAAACAGCAAAGGAGAGAAAGAGAGAUUCCCGAGUUUAAUGGAUGAAGAAAGCGUGGAUUUAUCAGUGAUUGUUCCUUCUUAUAAUGAGGAGAAACGACUUCCUUUGAUGAUGGAGGAAGCGAUUCUCUUCCUGGAGGCGAAAUGUGAGAAAUCGUCAAACUAUAAAUAUGAGAUUAUUAUCGUGGAUGAUGGAAGUAAAGAUUCAACCACAAAAGUUGGUCAGAGUUUUGUGGAAAAAUAUGGUUCAGAAAAAAUCCGGGUUUUGACUCUGGAGAAGAACAGAGGAAAGGGAGGAGCUGUUAGACUUGGUAUGAUGAGCGCACGAGGCGAGCAUCUGCUUUUCGCAGACGCAGAUGGAGCCACAAAGUUCUCGGACAUUGAGAAAGUUGAAACAAAAUUAAACGAUAUAGACACUAAACCACAUGGACGGGCAUUAACUGUUGGAUCUCGCGCACAUUUGGAGAAAAACUCAAUUGCUUCAAGAUCAGUUUUUCGCACUUUUUUAAUGAAAUGCUUUCACCUUAUCGUUUGGUUGUUGUGUGCACGCAGUGUUAAAGACUCACAGUGCGGGUUUAAACUCUUCACACGAAACGCUGCCCGUAUAUUGUUUCAUAACCUUCAUGUAGAAAGAUGGGCGUUUGAUGUCGAGUUAUUGUAUGUAGCUGAGGAGUUGAACAUACCGAUAGCAGAGGUGGCAGUUACAUGGACAGAGAUAGACGGCUCAAAAGUUGACCCCCUGUUUAGUGGGUUACAGAUGGGAAAGGACAUUGUAUUGCUAUGGCUACAAUAUCAACUUGGGUUAUGGGUUAUUAAAAAAAACAUUGACUAAAAUUUACUUCACUGCUUUGAGAUUUAUUUUCAGAUGUAAUUCAACUAUAAGUGCUUUCUCUUUUGACUUUCUAAGCAGAAAUUAUGGCAGUGGAAAAAUCCUUUGCAUGAGUUUUUCAAUAUUAAGAGAUAAUUUUUAGCCCCACUUUACUACUUUAGCUGCUUUUACACAUGUAUUUUUCCCAGCUUUUUUUUAGUAAUCUAGCCAUAAAACAGCAUGCUGUAAUAUGAGUGCACAAAGAACUUUAUUUGACAAAUAAGAAUGUGGUUGUGCAUGAAACUGUAAUUGACUCGACAAAUGUUUAGAAAAUGCUGUGUGGAAUUUCUUCAAUAAGGCAUAAGGCCUAUCAUCAAAACAUUUUUUUUUUUUGAAAUAAUUUAAUUUCUAAUCAAGCAGUAAUACUUAUGUUAACAUAGAUAUAGUAUAUAACGCAUGUAUUUAUCAAAG